AUGGACGGGGCGCUGGCGGCGGGGUGGGCGGCGGAGGCCAACGGCUCCUUGCACAACGGCUCGUCGGCGGCGGCGGAGGGCAGCAACCAGUUCGAGCAGCCGGUGUGGCAGGUGGCGCUCUGGACAGUGGCCUACUCGCUCAUCGUGGUGGUCUCGGUGGUGGGCAACGUGGUGGUGAUGUGGAUCAUCCUGGCGCACAAGCGGAUGCGCACCGUCACCAACUAUUUCCUGGUCAACCUGGCCUUCGCCGAAGCCUCCAUGGCCGCCUUCAACACGCUCAUCAACUUCACCUACGCCCUCCACAACGUCUGGUACUACGGCCUCCUCUACUGCCGCUUCCAAAACUUCUUCCCCGUCGCCGCCGUCUUCGCCAGCAUCUACUCCAUGAUGGCCAUCGCCGUGGACAGAUACAUGGCCAUUAUCCAUCCAAUGCAACCACGGUUAUCAGCCACAGCCACCAAAUUUGUCAUCUUUGUCAUAUGGUUACUGGCUUUGUUGUUAUCGUUCCCACAAGGUUACUAUGCAAACACCGUAGAGCUGCCAGGCCGGGUGGUGUGUCUGGUGGAAUGGCCAGAAAACGAGAACCAGACCCAGGUCUAUGAAUUAACGUACCACUUCUCUGUGACUGUGCUAAGCUAUGUCUUACCACUGAUAGUGAUAGGCUACGCCUACACUAUGGUAGGCAUUACCCUGUGGGCUAGUGAGAUACCAGGGGACUCUUCAGACCGCUACCAUGAGCAGGAGUCUGCCAAGCGCAAGGUGGUGAAGAUGAUGAUCAUCGUGGUUUGCACCUUUGCCUUCUGCUGGCUACCCUUCCAUAUCUACUUCCUCCUGCAGCAUAUUAAAAUUGACUGGUAUGAGCAAAAAUAUAUUCAGCAGGUCUACUUGGGAAUCUUAUGGCUGGCCAUGAGCUCCACCAUGUAUAACCCCAUUAUUUAUUGUUGUCUCAAUGAGAGGUUCCGGAUGGGGUUCAAGCACGCUUUCCGGUGGUGCCCUUUCAUCAAUGCCAGCAAGUAUGAAGGGUUGGAAAUGAAGUCCGCUCGGUACUUCCAAACCCAGAGCAGCAUGUACAAGGUCAGCCGGAUGGAAACAACAGUCUCUUCUGUCAUCGGCAACCCAGAGGAAGAACUUGAGGACAGCAGCAAAAUGAAGCGCCUCUCUGUAGAUCUGAUAUCCAACGGCUCUUCCCGCAGUGACUCCAAGACUGUGUCAGAGAGCUUGAGCUUCUAUUCUAAUACACUUUCCUAAACAGCCUGUCCUUCCAAGCAAAGGCUACCCCAAAAUGUGUCUCAGUUGCCAGUGUGACUUUGACUUCUCAUUCCCUCAUGAAAACUCUGUUAUUUGUAAAGAAAUUCAAAAUGGCCACAUCCUUUCCAGCACUGAUCGUGAGUGGAGCUCACCUCCCUUUGUGAUAUCUGCUGUGAUGUUCUGUCUGGUGACUCAGAUAAUGAC